GUUGGGAAGUCCAUGGGGCCUCUGCAGUUUUGCCAGGCUAGACGCACCACCUCUAGAACUCAGUUCUCAGGGACCAAGUUGCAAAUACCUGUGAUAAGAUUGCAAGGGCCAGAGAAGAGCUUGAAGCCAUCUACUCUGCCUCCCCUCCGACAAGCCAAGGGCCACAGCAAAAGCAAAACGAAGAGUCUGACUAAAAUCCAACCAGUGGUACAGUCCCAGGCCUCUGUAGAGAUGGCAAACGCAACAAAGACUUCACGAGGACUUCGAAAAAGGGACCACACGCACCAUGGGAAAGUGCAGGCCAAGGUCCGGCUGAUGAGGUCGAUGCUUCGAAACCAGCGGACCUCGCUCCAGGAGCUGUACAGUCACGAAGGCUACCUCAGCAAGCUCAACCAGGAGCUGAUCAAGGCUAUCUUGGACACUGAGGAUAGCAUGGCCUUGAGCGUGCGUGAAAUGCUACAGCAGCAGAGUGUCCUCGGGAAUAUCAUCGACAUCUUGGAGUACUCAAACAAGAAGCGGGUGCAGCAGCUGAAGUCUGAGCUCCAGGAGUGGAAGGAGGAGGAGGAGAGCAAGACAAACAGCCUUCAGUGGGAGGUGGAUCAGCUGAACGCUGAGAUCCAGAAGGACAGCGAGGAGGUGAAUUUCCUGAGCACCUACAUGGAUCAUGAGUAUCCCAUCAGGUUGGUUCAGAUCGCCAACCAUGUACGCCAGGUGCAGCAGGCAAAGGACAGCCAGCAGGACGAGCUGGACAACCUUAGGGAUAUGCGUGAAACCGUUCUGGCCUUUUUCUCCAACAUACUUAAAGAGAAGAAGAAGAAAAUCUUGGAGUCUCUGGUGGUGAAUACCCAGAAACCCCAUGAGAACAUUCUUCUGCUAAAGACCCGGGACAGCUGGCGUCUGCGGAGGUGCAAUGGCUGGUUCAGAGAGCUUAUUGAACAGCUGAAAGAAGAGAUUCCCAUAUUACUCUCGGAGGUGGAGCAUAUGUAUGCAGAAGUCUGGAACCCACGGGAGGCCGUUUUUAAGGAUGUUCUGCUUCAGAGACCCAAGUGCACCCCAGACAUGGCUGUUGAACUCAACAUUCCUUUGCAGGAGCCAUUUCCCUUCUAGACGGCAGUGUCGCCUCCUCUCUUCCCAGGGUUUCGUCUGUUGACUUACAAGCUGGUAUCUCUGUUAUGAAUUUGACCCACAGCCCUCCUCUACCCUUCUCCCUUGCUGCUUGGACGAGGCAGGAAUUCCAAGUCCAGCCUGCUUGUUCCUUGGUGCCAAUAAAGCUGUGUUUGU